UUUUUGUCAUUAUGAUUUCCGUUUCCGACGAAGGAACUUAUUUUUGUCAGUUGUCAUUCAGUUUUAUUACAAAAAAAACAUAAAACAUUUAUAUUUAUCAAAUUGAAGAGUAAGCAUUAAAUAGAAACAAUACAAAGAUGUCUGUAGAUAUUAACGUUAUCGGAUCGCAUAAGAUAAGAAGCAUUCCUGGGGGAGAGCAAGUGGAACUAAAGACCUUCUGGCAAGAUCAAGAUGCUGUGGUGAUCUUCUUUCGUCGUUGGGGCUGCAUGCUGUGCAGGCUCUGGGCUAAGGAGUUGAGCGAGAUAGCACCAGUUUUGAAGAAGAAUAACAUAAAACUGGUUGGAAUUGGUGUAGAGAAUGCCGGCUCUAAGGAAUUCUUGGAGGGAAAGUUUUUUGAUGGAGAGUUAUAUCAUGUGGAUGAUAUAUCAACAUAUCACACUUUGGGCUUCAAAAGAUUCAAUGUCGUCUCAAUUAUCACAUCAUUAUUCUGGAAACAAUCAAGAGAAGCAAUUGCUAAAGGAAGAGGAAUGGGUUUGCACAGCGAUUUAAACGGAGAUGGUUUACAAAAUGGCGGCGCAUUGUUGAUCAAAAAUGGCGGCAAGUUACGUCACUUCGUGCAACUCUUUCCCGCGGAUAUGUUACCGAAUGCGGAGAUUCUAGAGCAUUUCAACCUUGAAGCAGAAUAUAAGGAGGAGACAAUGGCUAAUAAAGUCCGGGAUAACAUUGAAUGUAAUAAGCCAAGUGAUAAACUAAGUGUGAAGAAUUUCCUUCCAUUUGAGCCGAUUCAUGUUAUUUGGUGCUCGAGAAGAUGUAAGCAGACUAAAGUCUAGCAGGAUAAGGUUUAAUAUAACUUGCUUUUUUGGGGCAGGGUAACUAUAAUAUUCAUAAUUGUGAUAUUUGUUUCUUAAUAUUUUAUUUUCGAAAUUACAAUUGUCUAUAUUUUUAA